AUGGAUCUCUAUUCAAAAUUAACAGAGAACCAACAACAAUUCAAAUCUGGCGAAAUCGAUGAGGACGAAUUUAAGAAGCGUAAAAAACUGAUACUAGAUAAGUGGACGGACAAACCGAAGAAAACCAAAAAACUUGAACAUUCUUAUGAAACAGACUUGUAUGCGGUUCUCCAAUUGACACCCAGCGCUACUGAAACUGAAAUUAAAUCAAGUUAUAAGAAACUCGCUCUGAAGUAUCAUCCUGAUAAGAAUGGCGGUGUCGAAACCGAAGAGUGGACUAAACUAUCGAAGGCAUAUCAAAUCCUUUCAGAUGAGAACAGUCGCAUACUUUACGAUAAUCACGGAAUAGUCAGCGACGCCUUUGCAAAUAAAGCAUCGUUCAACUGCUAUGUAGGAGGGGAGCUUUGGAAACCCUACAUCGGUGACCUGGAAAUUGGUCUCUGGAUGUACUCAUUUAUAGAUAGCAAUAGUUUAUCCGAAUUAGAACAUGUAACCUCGGCUGAGCAGAAAGAACGUCGUCAUGUCAUUCGUGUUUCUAACAUUGUUCGUCACCUACAAGACAAACUUUCUCAAUUCCCGGUGCAAAAUAAUUCUUCAGAGUUUGAGUCGUUUAAGCAAAGUCUUUACCAAGAAGUCCAGAAACUUCUUGCGGAACCUAACGGCAAAGAGUUAUUAUCCUUACUCGGCGAAAUUUACAUUUCCGAGUCAAAAACUUAUCUAAGCAGGUUCUCCAUAAACAUAUUAUCUAAUCUUUUUAAUAGCUUUACGUUUACUUAUAACUUAAUUCAUGGAUUCGUAACAAUCAAAGCUAGUAAUUUGUCAGGAAUGAAACAAGAGGAGAUCAUAAAAAUAACCUGGAGACUUUCACGAUCAGAAAUAUCUUCCAUCACGUAUGAAACCU